AUGCGCCUCAGGGAUCAUAUACCAUCCUCCAUCAUGCUGUUGGGUUUUCCCCUCUACGUGUGUUUCAUGCAGGCCAACCCCGGAUGUGUUUCAGGUUCAUAUCAAGAGACUCUUGAAGUUCAAGAGGCUCUGAGUCAGCCUUCGGGAAAUAAAAUUUUGUUAAAUAGACCCGUGCCCCCAGACCCGUCGCCCCCAGACCCGUCGCCCCCAGACCCGUCGCCCCCAGACCCGUCGCCCCCAGACCCGUCGCCCCCAGACCCGUCGUCCCCAGACCCGUCGUCCCCAGACCCGUCGCCCCCAGACCCGUCGCCCCCAGACCCGUCGCCCCCAGACCCGUCGCCCCCAGACCCGUCGCCCCCAGACCCGUCGCCCCCAGACCCGUCGCCCCCAGACCCGUCGCCCCCAGACCCGUCGCCCCCAGACCCGUCGCCCCCAGACCCGUCGCCCCCAGACCCGUCGCCCUCAGACCCGUCGCCCUCAGACCCGUCGCCCUCAGACCCGUCGCCCCCAGACCCGUCGCCCCCAGACCCGUCGCCCCCAGACCCGUCGCCCCCAGACCCGUGCCCCCAGACCCGUGCCCCCACCCCAGUGUCCCAGACCAGUGCCCCACCCCAGUGUCCCAGACCAAUUCAUUGCAAGUGUUAUGACACCAUGUCAAGUGGCACUCGUUUCAUUGAUGCCAACCAAAACCUCACUAUGUUGGGCAUGUCCCCAACAGUAAUUACUGUUACAAAUUGGCUCCACACGCCGCCCUCGCCCGUGGCUCUUCCGCCCUCGCCCGUGGCUCUUCCGCCCUCGCCCGUGGCUCUUCCGCCCUCGCCCGUGGCUCUUCCGCCCUCGCCCGUGGCUCUUCCGCCCUCGCCCGUGGCUCUUCCGCCCUCGCCCGUGGCUCUUCCGCCCUCGCCCGUGGCUCUUCCGCCCUCGCCCGUGGCUCUUCCGCCCUCGCCCGUGGCUCUUCCGCCCUCGCCCGUGGCUCUUCCGUCCUCGCCCGUGGCUCUUCCGCCCUCGCCCGUGGCUCUUCCGCCCUCGCCCGUGGCUCUUCCGCCCUCGCCCGUGGCUCUUCCGCCCUCGCCCGUGGCUCUUCCGCCCUCGCCCGUGGCUCUUCCGCCCUCGCCCGUGGCUCUUCCGCCCUCGCCCGUGGCUCUUCCGCCCUCGCCCGUGGCUCUUCCGCCCUCGCCCGUGGCUCUUCCGCCCUCGCCCGUGGCUCUUCCGCCCUCGCCCGUGGCUCUUCCGCCCUCGCCCGUGGCUCUUCCGCCCUCGCCCGUGGCUCUUCCGCCCUCGCCCGUGGCUCUUCCGCCCUCGCCCGUGGCUCUUCCGCCCUCGCCCGUGGCUCAUCCGCCCUCGCCCGUGGCUCUUCCGCCCUCGCCCGUGGCUCUUCCGCCCUCGCCCGUGGCUCUUCCGCCCUCGCCCGUGGCUCUUCCGCCCUCGCCUGGAUGUACACCAUUGUUGGCCUCCGUCUUGGAACUAUUACCCAGGCGGACAUAA